AUCCCGACACUUUCGUGUAUAUAAUAGUCAUCCCUCCCAUAAAUAAUAAUACUACUGCGAGCACGAACAGCCUAAGAGGGAGAUAUGGCUUCAUCGAUGAGGAUCUCAAGGCUGCUCUCUCGCUCUCUCGCUUCUGCUUCGCUGUUUUCCCGAGGAGGUGGGAAUGGUUACUUGAGUAGAGGGCUGAGUAAAUACAGUACUGCUUCUGCUGCUCUUGAAGAACCGAUUAAGCCGUCGAUUCAAGUGGAACACACUCAGCUCCUAAUCAAUGGGCAAUUCGUGGAUGCUGCUUCCGGCAAAACUUUUCCAACAUUGGACCCCAGGACAGGGGAAGUAAUUGCACAUGUUGCCGAGGGUGACUCUGAAGAUGUAGAUCGAGCAGCUGUAGCUGCACGCAAGGCAUUUGAUGAAGGGCCUUGGCCAAGAAUGACAGCCUAUGAAAGACAAAAGAUAUUGCUGCGUGCUGCUGACCUUAUUGAGAAGCAUAAUGAUGAGCUUGCGACACUUGAGACUUGGGACAACGGGAAGCCAUAUGCCCAAGCUGCUCAGAUUGAAGUCCCAAUGCUGGUUCGUCUAAUUCGAUAUUAUGCUGGUUGGGCUGAUAAGAUUCAUGGCCUCACGGUUCCUGCCGAUGGACCACAUCACGUGCAAACAUUGCAUGAACCAAUUGGUGUUGCCGGUCAGAUCAUUCCUUGGAACUUCCCUCUUCUCAUGUUUGCAUGGAAGGUUGGGCCUGCGUUGGCAUGUGGCAACACUAUCGUUUUGAAAACAGCAGAACAAACGCCAUUAUCUGCUUUAUAUGCAGCUAAGCUAUUCCAUGAGGCUGGGCUUCCUUCUGGUGUUUUAAAUAUUAUCUCUGGAUUUGGUCCAACCGCUGGUGCUGCUGUUGCUAGUCAUAUGGAUAUCGAUAAGGUUGCUUUUACUGGAUCAACUGAUACUGGAAAAAUCGUCCUUGAACUGGCAGCAAGAAGUAAUCUCAAGACUGUAACUCUGGAACUUGGUGGGAAAUCCCCCUUCAUUGUAUGUGAAGAUGCUGAUGUAGAUGUAGCCGUAGAGCUAGCACACUUUGCAUUAUUCUUUAAUCAGGGACAGUGCUGCUGUGCUGGGUCUCGUACAUUUGUGCAUGAAAGUAUAUAUGAUGAAUUCGUUGAAAAAGCCAAGGCACGUGCUUUGAAACGUGCUGUUGGUGAUCCAUUCAAGGGGGGAAUAGAGCAAGGUCCUCAGAUUGAUUCAGAACAAUUUGAGAAGAUACUGAAGUAUAUAAGAUCUGGUGUUGAAAGUGGAGCCUCUCUAGAAACUGGGGGAGAGAGACUAGGAGAUAAAGGCUUCUAUAUCAAGCCCACCGUGUUUACAAAUGUUCAGGACAAUAUGUCGAUUGCGAAGGAUGAGAUAUUUGGCCCUGUGCAAUCUAUUUUGAAAUACAAGGACCUCGAUGAAGUGAUUCGGAGAGCAAACAACUCACGCUAUGGCCUGGCAGCCGGAGUGUUCACGAAAAGCAUAGCCACAGCAAACACUCUGACUCGAGCACUGCGAGUGGGGACAGUAUGGGUAAAUUGCUUUGAUAUAUUUGAUGCUGCAAUUCCUUUUGGAGGGUACAAGAUGAGUGGGCAAGGCAGAGAAAAAGGGAUUUACAGUCUUAAAAACUACUUGCAAGUGAAGGCCGUGGUUACUCCCUUGGAGAACCCAGCAUGGCUUUGAACAUGCAUGUAGCUUCUUCUUCUUCUUCCCCCUUUUCUCUUGUCAAAGACCAAUAAAUAAGCUUCUUCAUGAAGACGAUGACGAAAUUCUUGUAUGCUACACGUCUCCCAGAGUUUUCUUUUUCUUUCAUUUUCUCCGGUCCAGUCUUAUUUUCCCAACAUUACCUCCGGAAGCAAAAUAUUUUCUGUGCCACUCUUAUUGUGUUUCAAUGCAUAUUAAUUCUGUGGAGUGUGUUUUAUCGA